GUCACUGUACUUGGGGCAUGAACUGCCGAUUUAUUCACCCUGGCGUGAAUGACAAAGGAAACUACUCCUUGAUCUCCAAGCCUGAGCCUUUCUCCCCAAAUGGUGCUCCUCCUAUCGGCCCUCACCCACUGAUGCCAGCCAACCCUUGGGGAGGGCCUGUCGUUGAUGAAAUCUUACCUCCACCCCCUCCAGACCCCCCAACAGAAAGUGCCUGGGAGAGAGGACUCCGGCAUGCUAAAGAGGUAUUAAAAAAGGCAACUAUGAGAAAAGAGCAGGAGCCUGACUUUGAGGAGAAGAGGUUCACUGUGACUAUCGGAGAAGACGAGCGUGAAUUUGACAAAGAAAACGAGUUCUUCCGCGACUGGAAUUACCGCAUCACCAGAGACGUCAGAGAUCCAGCGGAGGUGGACAUCAAAGAAAACAUUAACUAUGGGCUUGAUCCCUAUACAGAUCCUUAUUAUGACUAUGAAAUAGAACGGUUCUGGCGUGGUGGGCAGUAUGAGAAUUUCAGGGUUCAGUAUACAGACCCAGAUCCGUACCGUAACUACAGAGUAAGUAAGGAAAGAGAGCGAGAACGGAAAGGGGAAAGAGAGAACAGACAACGGGAAAGGGAACGCGAGAGGGAGCGGGAGCGAGAACGGGAGCGGCGCCAGCGGGAGCGAGAGCGAGAAAGGGAACGGGAGCGCGACAAGGAGCGCCAGCGGCGGAAAGAAGAGUGGGAACGGGAGAGAGAACGCGUGAAGAGAGAUGAAAAAGACAGGCAGCACCGGGACCGGGACAGGGACCGAGACCGGGACAGGGACAGGGAACGCGAAAAGGAGAAAGAAAAACCAAAGCCACGGUCCCCGCUGCUACCCAGCCGCCAGCCUGAGCCACCAAAGAAGGAGAAGGAGGCAACCACAAUUACCACCGCUCAGUCGAAGAGAGCAGACGAAUGGAAGGACCCCUGGCGCCGAUCCAAGUCCCCCAAGAAGAAGCUGGGGGUCUCUGUCUCUCCCAGCCGCGCGCGUAGGCGCCGAAAAACCUCUGCUUCUUCAGCGUCCGCUUCUGGCUCUUCAAGGUCCUCUUCUCGUUCAUCCACCUAUUCUGGUUCAGGUUCCUCGCGGUCUCGUUCCAGAUCAUCAUCUUACAGCUCUUACUCUAGUCGCUCGUCAAGACACAGCUCUUUCUCAGGCAGCAGGUCCAGAUCACGAUCCUUCUCCUCUUCACCCUCUCCUUCUCCAACACCGUCUCCACACAAGCCGCUUGCGAAGGCUAAAGGGGAGUUGUUACCGCCGGCUGGUAAAGGUGAAAAAUCUGUGAAGAAACUAGCCGCCCUUCCAGUCCCUCAGCCGCUCGCUAAAAUCACAACAGCUGCACCGGAGCCAGCCAAACCAGGGGAUAAUCGAGAGGCAAGAAGGAAGGAACGUCAGACAAGGACUCCACCCAGGAGGCGGACUAUCAGCGGCAGCAUCAGCGGCAGCGCCAGCAGCUACAGCGGUUCCAGUUCCCGAUCCAGGUCCUUGUCUCGGUCUCUCUCCAGAUCUCAUUCCAGAUCAUCGUCUGCCUCAGUCUCCCACUCUCCGUCGGGGUCCAGGAAAUCCAGGUCCCUGAGCGUGAGCAGCGUUUCUUCUGUCUCUAGUGCCUCCUCCAGCAGCAGCUCCGUACGCAGCGCCGACUCCGAAGACAUGUACGCGGACUUGGCCAGUCCCGUGUCCUCAGCCAGCUCCCGAUCGCCCACCCCAGCGCAGCAGAAGAAAGGUAGAGGAAAGUCAAAAAAAGAAGACAGCACUAAAGAAGAGAAGCGAAAACGGGACGUGCCCGCUCCGCACCUGAAAUCGGCCAAGCCCGCCCAGGGGAGCAAAUCGCAGCAGCUCCUCCAGACCCAGCAGCCCUCAGCCCCCCAGGCUCAGCAAGGGGGCUUCAGCGCUCACAAAGAGAUCAAACUGACGCUCCUGAACAAG